CAAAUGCAUAGGUAGUUACAUACAUAAUGUUAUGCAUAGAUGACACGGAAACGGGAGGUUAAGAUUUUUUGUUUGAAAUGUUACCCUUCAACGAAGGCUAUGUACAGAUUGUUGUCUGCACAUUUCACUUGUAAAAUUGUUCGCAGAAAUACGUACUUGGUAAUUUACUGACGAGAAACAAAAUAUAAACCUUUACUUACUAUCAUGGGUAUACGAAUUCCUAGAGUUGUAAAUGGAGCACCUACUUUUUCACCCUUCCAAGUAACCAUCAUGGACACCGAGACCAACACACAAUUUUGUGGAGGGGCAAUUCUGAACAUUUUCUUCGUCCUGACCGCUGCCCACUGUUUUUACGAACGAAGAAAAAUUGGAAACGACACAUUUCCUCGACUUUAUAGUCGGAAUCUGGAUAAAAUUCGUAUCGUUGGGGGAAAAUACAGCCUUCAAUGGCCAGAUGAUACAGCACAAGUUCGACUUAUCGAAAAUGUGUACACUCAUCCUGAUUAUGUGUUUGCUACUCUGGAAAAUGAUAUUGCAUUUGCAAGACUCAAAACGCCAUUUAAAUUCAACAACUUUGUCAAUUUUAUACCAGUACCAAUAAGAGGUCGAGAGUUUACAGGCAAUCUUACCGUUUUUGGAUUGGGGGCAACAAAAAUCCUUUCAACAAAUAUCAAUGAGAAACUCGACAAGAAGCAGAAAUGCGAAUUAUUUCAAAUGCCGAGUGCAAAAGCCAACACACGAACCGUGACGAUAUCGUGACAAAUUCCAUGCUGUGUGCAAAAGGA